GUCGCCUUGAGCCCCAGAUUCCCCAGCGCUGGCUCGCAUGGCAGCCGCCUGGGCGCCCGGCCCCGCGACCCGCUAAGGGCGGUCCAGCGCCCCGGCCCAGCCCUUCAGCUGAGUCCGUCGGAUCCGGCCUCGCUCUGCGCCCCGGGGCGCGCCGCCUCCCAGCCCGAGAGCCCCCUCCCGGUUCCUGUCUCCAAUCCCCUCGUCUGCUCAGACCUUCCCAGCCCCCGCCCUCCGCUGCCCCCACCGCUUUUUUCUGUCUGGAUGCCCCUCUCCCUUCUCGGCUCGUUAUCACUCGGAACCGGAAUCUGUGCCGCUAUCUCCGCGUCCGGCCGCCUCCCAGCCUGUGCCGUCCCACAGGUGUCCGCACGUCUGGCGGUCCGUCUGUCCCUCCCGGGGCCGGGGCUGACCAUGCCCAGCGGCUGCCGCUGCCUACAUCUCGUGUGCCUGUUGUGCAUCCUGGGGGCACCCGUAAAGCCUGCCCGAGCUGAUGACUGCAGCUCCCACUGUGACCUGGCCCAUGGCUGCUGUGCGCCUGAUGGCUCCUGCAGGUGUGACCCGGGCUGGGAGGGGCUGCACUGUGAGCGCUGUGUGAGGAUGCCUGGCUGCCAGCACGGUACCUGCCACCAGCCCUGGCAGUGCAUCUGUCACAGUGGCUGGGCAGGCAAGUUCUGUGACAAAGAUGAGCACAUCUGUACCACACAGUCCCCCUGCCGGAACGGAGGCCAGUGCGUGUAUGACGGGGGCGGCAAGUACCACUGUGUGUGCCCACCGGGCUUCCACGGGCGUGACUGUGAGCGCAAGGCCGGACCCUGUGAGCAGGCAGGCUCCCCGUGCCGGAAUGGCGGGCAGUGCCAGGACGACCAGGGCUUCGCCCUCAACUUCACAUGCCGCUGCUUGGCGGGCUUUGUGGGUGCCCGCUGUGAGGUGAACGUGGACGACUGUCUGAUGCGGCCUUGUGCUAACGGCGCCACCUGCCUGGACGGCAUCAACCGCUUCUCCUGCCUCUGCCCUGAGGGCUUUGCUGGGCGCUUCUGCACCAUCAACCUGGAUGACUGUGCCAGCCACCCAUGCCAGAGAGGGGCCCGCUGUCGGGACCGGGUCCACGACUUUGACUGUCUCUGCCCAAGUGGCUAUGGUGGCAAGACUUGUGAGCUAGUCUUACCCGUCCCAGAUCCCGCCACCAUAGCGGACAUCCCCCCGGGGCCCACCUUGGCUGUGGUGGUACCUGCCACGGGGCCUGUUCCCCACAGCGGGGGCGCCGGUCUGCUGCGCAUCUCCGUGAAGGAGGUAGUGCGGAGGCAAGAGGCCAGGCUGGGCGAGUCCAGCCUAGUGGCCGUGGUGCUGUUUGGGGCUGUCACUGCCGCUCUGGUUCUGUCCACGGUGUUGCUGACCCUGAGGGCCUGGCGCCGGGGUGUCUGCCCCCCUGGACCCUGUUGCUACUCUGCCCCACACUAUGCCCCGGCGCACCAGGACCAGGAGUGUCAGGUUAGCAUGCUGUCGGCAGGGCUCCCCCUGCCGCCUGACUUGCCCCCUGAGCCUGGGAAGACCACAGCACUGUGAUGGAGGUGGGGGCUUUCCUGCCCCCUCCUUCGUCUCCUCUGCCGCUCAGAGUGGAUUGGCCCUUUCUCGCCACCCCUCAGCUGGGAUACCCAACACUGAGGGACCUCAGCCUCAUGCCAGAAAUAUUAUUUUUUUAAUACAGAGUGUAAGAUGGAACUUUAUCAAAUAAAACUAUGGA